UUAGUUGACUAAGUUAAAGGAAGCUUAGUGUUUUCCGUGUUUACAAAACCCAUGUUCAGCGUUCAUUAAACUACAGUGAAGUAAACAUAUUAAAAAUUGCUCUUGAAAAUACGGCCGAUUUAUCCGAGAAAUACGAAGUAGUUAUGGUUCUCAGUGGAGUGGGAGAUGCUCUAGGUUAUAAAAAUGGUUUGUGGGAAUUCUGUUACAGUGGUACUAAAAUUCAUGAAGAACUAGAAAAACUCGGAGGACUUGAUAAAAUUGACAUUAAAGGAUGGAGGGUUAGUGACGACACUGUACUACACAUUGCUACAGCAGAAGCGUUGGUUUCUGAAUGGGCAACAACGGAAGAGUUAUUGUGCAUUAUGGCUACGAAGUACAAGAAGACAUGUACUGUGGAUAUGUUUGAAAGAGCUCCUGGGCAGACCACAACUAAGGCAUGUUUCAUGUUACGACCUCUUGAGGAAAAAGGUUACAUUAUACCAUUUAAUGCACGAGGUGGUGGAUGUGAUGCAGCUAUGAGAUCCAUGUGUAUAGGUUGGAUGUUUCCUUGUGAAGAUCAAAUUGAAAUGUUAAUUGAAAUUACUGUUGAAAGUGGAAGGAUGACUCACAAUCACCCUACAGAAGAUACCUCCGAAAAAUGGGGUGCAGGACUUUUUAGUGUUUUACCCAAAGUUUGGGAAUACAUUGAGAAGGUUGGUCGUGAUGUAGAAGAAAACAACAAAGCUUGGAGCUACUUUAAAAAUAGUUGGGAGUCAUGUCUUGAACUACGGGGAUUAGCAAAUGGAACCAGCGAACCAAAGUUUCCAGUGACAUAUAACAUACCUGAACGUGAUGCUUUUUAUAAAUCUGUGAGUUAUGCAGAUAGUGACAGCACAGGAAUAUUGGCUGCAACAUGGUGGGGUGGUAUGUAUGGUAUGAAAGGUGUACCCCUUGGAAAUUAUAGGAACCUGGAAUAUGGUCUUAGGCUUAUGGAGCUGGAUGGAUCAGAUGAAAUCCUACCAGAAGACGCGUCUCAUCAGGUAAAGCGAGAAUUUAAAAUUGCUUCAAAGAAAGGAUGGACGUACAUUUUUGAAAUGGAUGGAUCAGAUGAAAUCCUACCAGAAGACGCGUCUCAUCAGGUGAAGCGAGAAUUUAGAAUUUCAAACAAAGGAUGGACGUACAUUUGUUUGAUCAUGCGGAUGGAUCAGAUAAAAUCCUAUCAGAAGACGCGUUUCAUUGGGUGA